AUGGGUAAAGAGCAAUUUCGUGAAGCCGAUAUGGCUUUAAAAGUGUUAGUUUGAUUGUUUUCUCCAUAUUCAAAUUAAAAUCAAUUUUUUUGCAGAGUUGGAGUAAAGUUUGCUCCGGGAGAUUGUGAAUUUAUGCGACAAACUGCGCAUGUUUCAGUCUUCAAUAAUAAAUUGUACGAAGAUGUUGGUGGAAAACUUCAACCGGCAGCUUAUGGACCACUUGAUCCUAAAAUGGGAGUUUCGACGAAAACUGGAAUAUGUGCAACUUGCGGAUUAGGAUUGACUGAUUGUGUUGGGCAUUUUGGUUAUAUGGAUCUCGAUUUUCCAGUUUUUCAUGUUGGAUUCUUCAAAUUGACUAUUCAAUUACUACAGUGUAUUUGUAAAGUAAGGCAUUUUUCUUUUCAUCGAAAUCAAUUAUUGUCUCCUUACAGAACUGUUCUUCAAUUCUUCUUUCUGCUGAACAACAUCGUAUUUUCUCCCGUCAAGUAAUGGAUCCAAGAAUCGAUUAUUUGCACAGAAAAGCAUUGCACAAAAGAAUUGUAGCUGCUUGUAAGAAAAAUCCAACAUGUCCAAAUUGCGGACUGAAAAAUGGAACUGUCAAAAAGGCAGUUGGUGCUGUUAUGAAAAUUGCAUUUGCUAGUCCAGUUCCAAUUGAUGAAAUUGGAAAAUAUGCGACAAUGUGUGCAGCGAAUGUUGAAAUUGGAGAUUUGUUGAAGAAAAUGAAAUUCACACUUUUGAAUCCGUUGUAUGUUCAGAAAUUGUUUGCCAAUAUAAAAGAGGCGGUAAGCUUGUUUUUGAAAAUUUUCGAUUAAAAAAUAUUUGUUCCAGGAUAUUCCUGUUUUGAUGGUUCGAUCUGGAGAAGAAAAACAUCCGAAUGAUCUACUUCUAACUCGUCUUCCAGUUCCACCAGUUUGCAUUCGUCCUUCAGUUGUUUCAGAAGUAAAAUCAGGAACAACAGAAGAUGAUGUGACAAUGAAAUUAAUGGAAAUUAUGUUGACAAAUGAUGUAUUACGAAAACAUAAAAGAGAUGGAGCUCCAGCAAAAACAUUAUUCGAAACUUGGGAGCAUUUACAAGUUCAAUGUGCACUUUAUAUCAACAGUGAAAUGUCUGGUCUUCCACCAGAUCUUCAACCAAAACGAGCAAUGAGAGCGUUUACUCAAAGAUUGAAGGGUAAACAGGGAAGAUUCCGUGGUAAUUUAUGUGGAAAGCGUGUUGAUUUCUCUGGAAGAACUGUAAUCUCACCUGAUCCAAAUCUUCGAAUUGAUCAAGUUGGUGUUCCGAUUCAUGUUGCAAUGACCCUCACAUUUCCUGAAAUUGUUAAUAGUUCGAAUAUUGAAAGAAUGCGGAAAUUGGUUAUAAAUGGAAGUGAUAUUCAUCCAGGAGCAAAUUAUUUGGUAGAUAAAAAGACGGGGAAUAAGAGAUUGUUGAAAUAUGGAAAACGAGAAGAAUUGGCGAAAAAUCUACGAAUGGGUGAUACAAUUGAAAGACAUUUAGAUGAUAAUGAUGUUGUUUUAUUCAAUCGACAACCAUCUCUUCACAAAAUCUCAAUUAUGAGUCAUCGAGCAAAAGUUGUGCCAGGCAGAACUUUUAGGUAAUUUUUUUUAAUUUUAUAUGAACAUUCAUUUUAAUUUUCAGAUUCAAUGAAUGUGCUUGCACACCAUAUAAUGCUGAUUUUGAUGGAGAUGAAAUGAAUUUGCAUCUCCCACAAACUUAUGAAGCAAAAGCUGAAGCUAGUGAACUCAUGAAUGUCAAGAACAAUUUGAUUACUCCAAGAUCUGGUGAACCACUCAUUGCUGCAAUUCAAGAUUUCAUCACUGGUGGUUAUCUUCUAACUCAUAAAGAUACAUUCCUUCCAAAAGCUGAGGUUUAUCGAUUUGCCGCAUCUCUUAUUGAUGCUUCAUCGAAAAAACAGGCGAAAAUUCGAAUUCCACCUCCAGCAAUUCGAAAACCUGUGGAAUUAUGGACUGGAAAACAAUUGAUUGAAUUGAUAAUUCGACCAGAUCAAGGAUCGCAGGUUUCGCUGAAUUUGACAGCCAAAAAUAAAAGUUAUUCGGGAAAUUUGGAACUUUGCGCAAAAGAUUCGUAUGUUAUUAUCAGGAAUAGUGUUUUGCUUUGUGGAGUUUUGGAUAAAUCAUUGCUCGGAAGUUCAUCGAAAACCAAUAUUUUCUAUAUGUUAAUGAGAGAUUAUGGAGAAGAUGCAGCGGUUGAUGCGAUGUGGAGAUUAGCUAGAAUGGCACCCGUAUAUUUGUCAAAUCGAGGAUUUUCAAUUGGAAUUGGAGAUGUUCGACCAAGUGAACGAUUGUUGCAAGAAAAAGGGCAACUUGUUGAUAAAGGUCAGGUUUAUUCACGAUUUUGAUACAGAAAAUUUCAAAAAAAAAAUUUAUCGAAAAUUUUUGGCUGAAAAUGUUUUUGAUUUUUACCCAAAACUUACUGUUGAAAUAAUUUAAUACAGAAAUUUUCAGAAUUUUCUCAAAAAAAUCUUGAAAUAUCUGAAAAUCCUGAAUUUUUGGCUGAACAAUUGAUGAGCUGACAUUUGCAAAAAAUUUAAUUUCUGGCUGAAAAAUAGUUUGUUCAUAAAUUUAUCAGCCAGCAAAAUAUUUUUCAUUUUCUUAAACAUUUUUGAAAAAUCUAAAAAAUCUCAAUUUCUGGCUGAAAAUUGGAGAUUAGCUGGAAAUUUCAGAAACUUGAGAUUUUGGCUGAAAAUUCUAAAAUUCUUGAUGAAAAUUGGAUUAUUCAUACAUACAUUUUUUAGGCUGAAAAUCAACUGAAAUGUUCAGAAUAUUCAAAAACUCGAUUUUUGGCUGAAAAUUCCAAUGUUUUAGCUCAAAAUUCAAUUAGUCAUCAUUAUUGUGCUGUUACAAUUUUCAUGAAAAUUUUAGGUUAUGAAACUUGUGCACAAUAUAUUCGAGAACUCGAAGAAGGUCGAUUGAAAGCUCAACCAGGUUGUACUGAAGAAGAAACCCUCGAAGCAAUUAUCCUCCGAGAACUCUCAACAAUUCGAGACCACGCUGGACAAGUUUGUCUCCGGAAUUUGAGCAAAUACAAUGCCCCAUUAACAAUGGCAGUUUGUGGAUCGAAAGGUUCAUUCAUCAAUAUUUCUCAAAUGAUUGCUUGUGUCGGACAACAAGCUAUUUCUGGCCAUCGACCACCGGAUGGAUUUGAAGAACGAUCAUUGCCACAUUUUGAGCGGAAGAAAAAGACACCAGAAGCUAAGGGUUUUGUUGCCAAUAGUUUUUAUUCGGGACUUACACCCACUGAAUUCUUCUUCCAUACAAUGGGAGGAAGAGAAGGAUUGGUUGAUACGGCUGUUAAAACUGCGGAGACUGGAUAUAUGCAGAGAAGAUUGGUUAAAUGUUUGGAGGUUUGUUGGGAGAGUGAGGAGGAAAAGGGGGGGGGGGUUGGAGAUGAAAAUAAUUAGAAACGAAUUCUUGGAAUCUUGAGCAUAUAGCUAAAUUUUUACAAUGUUGCCACAUUUUCUGACAAUUUCAGGGCGCGAUUUUUUUUACAGAUUUCUCUUACAAUUAGCGAUAUCUACACAAACUUUUCAAAUUUUUACAGAAAAUGCCUUUCUGACAACCCAAAGAUUCAAAAUUUCCAGAUAAAAACAAGCUUUUUUCAAAAAUUCUGGAAAUUUUGGAUUUUUCGUCCAAAAAUCCUCUAGAUUUCAGAAUUUUGAACUAUUCCUUCUUGGGAUAUUUUCCUCACUUACCCCAUUCAAUCUCGCAAAUUUUCUAGGAUCUUUGUGCAAGUUAUGAUGGAACUGUUCGAUCUUCUGUUGGAGAUGUCAUUGAAUUCACAUUUGGAGAAGAUGGACUUGAUCCAGCAAUGAUGGAAGCAAAAGAUGGAAGUGUUGUUGAUUUUGUUCAUGUUCUAGAACACGCUAAAAAUACAUUGAAUACGAAAGAACAACAUAUGACAAUUGAGGAAAUGGAAGAAGCGAUUCAAACUGAAAUCAAGACACAUUUCAAAGGAGAACAUCAACAUUUCACUAAAACACUUGAAGAAUUUAUUGAGAAAGAGUUGGAGAAAAGUAGAAAGUUGCAGAAAAUCGCGGCGAAUUGUGAAAGACAUAAUGGAGGACAGGUUUCAUGUUCUGAUUGUAGCAGCAGAAGUUCUUAUAAAAAGUUAUUGUUAUCGAAUUCUGGACUCACUCGUGGUCAACUUUCAUCAUUUGUCAAAUUAUGUGCUUACAAAGUUGCACGAGCUGUAACUGAACCUGGAACUGCUGUUGGUGCAAUUGCUGCAACAAGUAUUGGAGAACCAUCCACUCAAAUGACUCUCAAAACUUUCCAUUUUGCUGGUGUCGCUUCAAUGAAUAUCACUCAAGGAGUUCCGAGAAUUAAAGAAAUUAUCAAUGCGGUCAAGACAAUUUCAACACCGAUUAUCACCGCAAGUUUACUUGAUCCAUAUGAUCAAACAUUGGCGAGAAGAGUAAAAGCGAGAAUUGAGAAAACGACAUUGGGAGAGAUUUGUGAUUAUAUUGAAGAGGUUUAUUUGCCAGAUGAUCAUUUCCUGUUGGUUAAAUUGAACGCAAAACGAAUCAGAUUGUUGCAAUUAGAAGUGAGUUGUUUUGUUUUUCAAAAAUGUAUUCUAUAACAACGGAAUUUUUUGUAGGUUAGUAUGAACACAAUUGCUAGUGCCAUUAUGACUUCGAAAGCUUGCCCAUUGAUGAAAGGUGUUAAAAUAGUAUCACAUGGAAAAACAAUUAUGGUUGUUAGACCUCCUGCAACAUCGAAAUUGAGCAAAACUAUGACAAUGCAAAUGCUCAAAUAUUCGCUAUCGAAUGUUGUUGUAAAAGGUAUGCGUUUUGAGAAAAUGUUGGAAAUGAUUUUUUUGUGAUUUUUUCUUUCUACGAAGGUCCAAAAUUUUCGGUUCAAAAGGUUUUUCAUGAAAAAUUGGUUUCUCAAAAAGUUCGAUAACCUUCCUUGUGAUCAGAAAACAAAUUGAAUUUUCUAUUUUUCGGAUAAGUACAUAUUUUCAGCAAAGAUUUUCUUAUAUACAAUGUUCCGUGUUCAAUUCAAGAUAUAAAGAUCCUCAACAAUUUCCACAUCUCUUUUUUUUCCAGGAAUCUCAUCUGUAAAUCGAUGUGUCAUUCAUGCGGACGAAAAGAAAGGCGAUUAUUAUUCACUUUUGGUCGAAGGAACCGACUUUUUGAGUGUUUUAUCAUCUGUUGGAAUUGAUCCAACUCGAACACAUUUCAAUAAUGCACUUGUUGUUGCUGAUGUUUUGGGAAUUGAAGCGGCAAGAAGUUGUAUUAUUAAUGAAAUUAUUGCAACAAUGGAUGCACAUGGAAUUGGAUUGGAUCGAAGACAUGUUAUGUUGCUGGCUGAUGUUAUGACUUAUAGGUUGGUUUGUUAUUGGGAAGAGUAGAAGUGAUUUUCUGAAAUUUCAGAAUAAACUGAAAAUUGUAUUUAAUAUCUAAACUUCGGAAAGAUCCUUUCUUUUUCAACAAAUCAAAUUAUAUCCCAAUUGCCACGUCAUAGCUCUUUCUUACAAUUCUGUGUUUUUUCAGAGGAGAAGUUCUUGGAAUCACUCGAAAUGGUCUCGUCAAAAUGAAGGAUUCUGUUCUACUUUUGGCAUCUUUCGAAAAAACCAUGGAUCAUUUGUUUGAAGCUGCAUUCUUCUCACAAAGAGAUGUGGUAAGUUCUUUUUUUCUGAAUCUGUUUGGUUUCAAACUACAAUUUUUCCUCUUUUCAAGUUUCCCCCUCAAAAAAAAAAUUAUUUUUAGAUUCACGGAGUUUCGGAAUGCAUUAUUAUGGGAACACCGAUGACUGUUGGAACUGGAACUUUUAAACUUCUACAAAAAUAUGAAAAAGAAGCGGAAAUUAGAAAACUUUCCCCAAUUUUUGAGAGAAAUGGACUUGUUGCUUGA